AUGCACACCCUCCUUGUCCUCCUUAACACAUCCUAUAAAUACAGAACACUUCCAAGUAGUAGCAUCCAACCCUCGUACCGCUUCUCCCUAACCACCUCCGAUCCUACGAGAAGCUGCUUGCUCGGAGCUACCAACGACAAUGUCGCCGCAGAGGCUCUCGGUCCUCCUCGUGCUCCUGUCCAGCCUCUUGGCCCCUUCCACUGCCGUGCGCAGCUCGACGCUGUUCCUGGCGCGCUCUCCUCACUCCGUGUCUCCCAGCGUCGGGGCACCGGUCGCCCACGCUCGCCGCGCAGUCAGCGUCCGACGCAGCUCGCGCGGCCACGCUCGCGUCUGGGGACCCGGCCGGGGCCGCUGGUCAGUGACGCAGCCAAGAAAGGGCCACGCCACUCGUUCGUGCCGAUCGCGCCGGGCCUGCAGCUCCUCAGCAUCCCCAGCUACGUCGCCCGCGCGCGGCUCAGCACGCCGGCCCAGCCGCUCCUCGUCGCCAUCGACCCCAGCAACGACGCCGCGUGGGUGCCGUGCACCGCCUGCGCGGGCUGCGCCCCGGCCCCGGCGCCGUCGUUCGACCCGACGCGGUCCUCCACGUACCGCCCCGUGCGCUGCGGCGCGCCGCAGUGCUCGCAGGUUCCCAGCCCGUCGUGCCCCAGGGGUGCGUGCGCGUUCAACAUGUCGUACGCGGCGUCCACGUUCCAGGCGCUGCUCGGGCAGGACGCGCUCGCGCUCGACGUUGUCGUGGCGGCCUACACGUUCGGGUGCCUCCACGUCGUCACGGGCAACCCGGUUCCGCCGCAGGGGCUCAUCGGCUUCGGCCGCGGGCCGCUCUCGUUCAUGUCGCAGACAAAGGACGUGUACGGCUCCGUCUUCUCCUACUGCCUGCCGAGCUACAAGUCCUCCAACUUCUCCGGCACGCUCAGGCUCGGUCCCGCUGGGCAACCGAAGCGGAUCAAGACGACGCCGUUGCUGUCCAACCCGCACCGCCCUUCGCUCUACUACGUCAACAAGGUCGGGAUCCGCGUCGGCAGCAAGCCCGUGCCGGUCCCGGCGUCGGCUCUCGCGUUCGACCCGGCCAGCGGCCGCGGCACCAUCGUCGACGCUGGGACGAUGUUCACGCGGCUGUCCGCGCCUGUGUACGCCGCCGUGCGCGACGCGUUCCGCCGCCGGUGGCCGCCGGUGGCCGACCCGCUCGGCGGCUUCGACACGUGCUACAACGUGACCGUCUCCGUGGCGACCGUCACGUUCGUGUUCGACGGGCAGGUGUCGGUGACGCUGCCCGAGGAGAACGUGGUGAUCCGCAGCUCGUCGGGCGGCAUCACUUGCCUGGCGAUGGCGGCGGGGCCGCCGGACGGCAUCGACGCGGCGCUCAAUGUGCUGGCCAGCAUGCAGCAGCAGAACCACCGCGUGCUGUUCGACGUCGCCAAUGGCCGCGUCGGUUUCUCACGCGUUCGGCUGGCUGGCUGGCUGAAAUCAAUAGAACCUAAAUGA